CACUGCAGCGCUGGUCAUAUGAGCAGAAAUGAUGAGAAAAGCACUUUUUAAUCUUUUCGCACUUGCUCUGUCCGCUCAAACAGUUGCAGGAUGUCGAUGACAGACUUGCUCAGCGCCGAGGACAUCAAGAAGGCGAUAGGCGCCUUUGCGGCUGCCGAGUCCUUCGAUCAUAAGAAGUUCUUCCAGAUGGUGGGCCUAAAGAAAAAGAGCAUGGAUGAGGUGAAGAAGGUCUUUCACAUUCUGGACAAGGACAAGAGUGGCUUCAUUGAGGAGGAAGAGCUGGGGUUCAUCCUCAAAGGCUUUUCCCCCGAUGCACGAGAUCUGUCUGCUAAGGAAACCAAGACGCUGCUGGCUGCCGGCGACAAGGAUGGGGACGGCAAGAUCGGGGUGGACGAGUUCUCCACCCUGGUGUCCGAAAGCUAAGAGGUGCUUCCACCC